ACACUGAGAAGCUAGGUUGUGCAUUAAGUGAGUGCAAAAUCUAGAACUAGAACAUUUUAACAUGCAGUGUUUGAUAACGGUGACAUUGAGAGAGUUUAUUGUUCAUAAGAACGCUGUACAGUAAAGCUUCGGAAUUUACCUCAUUUUAAGCGAACGACCGACAACAACAAAGUGAACAUGGCAGCCCCUCCACCGCCUAUUACAUCACCGGAAGUCAAAUUUACACAGAUUUUCAUCAACAACGAGUGGGUGAACUCUGCGAGCGGGAAGACGUUCCCGACCAUCAACCCGACCAACGGCAAGAAGAUAUGCGACGUCCAGGAGGGAGACAAGGAUGACGUGGAUAAAGCGGUGGCUGCGGCGAAGGCUGCCUUCAAGCACGGCUCCCCCUGGCGGUCCAUGGACGCCACGAAGAGAGCUGCUCUCUUGAACAAACUGGCGGACCUAGUUGAGAGGGAUCGCGUUUACUUAGCGAGCCUGGAAACCCUUGACAACGGAAAGCCGUACACUGCAGCAUACGCCGGGGAUAUAUCGGGCGUCAUCGGUGCAUUGCGCUACUACGCGGGUUGGACGGACAAGAUGACCGGCAAAACCAUACCCGUCGACGGGCCGUUUUUCGCCUACACUCGUCAUGAGCCUGUUGGAGUUUGUGGACAAAUCAUACCCUGGAACUUCCCUGCAGCUUUAGUGGCAAUGAAGAUCGCCCCUGCCUUAGCCUGUUGUAACACCGUGGUCCUCAAGCCAGCGGAACAGACGCCUCUCACCGCUCUCUACCUGGCGUCCCUGGUGAAGGAGGCUGGUUUCCCGCCCGGCGUUGUGAACGUGGUUCCCGGCUAUGGCCCCACAGCCGGCGCAGCCAUAACAAACCACCCAGAUAUCAGGAAAGUGUCAUUCACCGGAUCCACGGAGGUCGGUAAACUCAUCAUGGAAGGCGCAGCGAAAUCCAACCUGAAACGAGUAACUCUAGAGCUCGGGGGGAAAAGUCCGCUUGUCGUCUUCAAGGACGCAAACUUGGACGAGGUGGUUGAGUGGGCGCAUCAGGCAGUAUUCUACAACAUGGGUCAGGUGUGCACGGCCGGGUCAAGGACGUUUGUACAUGAGGACAUAUAUGACGAGUUUGUCAAAAAGGCCGUUGCACGUGCUCAGAAAAGGGUCAUCGGUGAUCCGUUUGAACUCAAAAACGAUAGCGGACCACAGGUUGACAAUGAUCAGUUCGAGAAGAUCCUUGAGUUGAUAGAGAGCGGGAAGAAAGAGGGUGCGAAGCUGGAGUGUGGCGGGGCCCGGUUGGGUGACGAGGGCUACUUUAUCCAGCCCACAGUCUUCUCCAACGUCACCGACAACAUGAGGAUCGCCAAGGAAGAGAUCUUCGGUCCUGUUCAGCAAAUAAUAAAGUUCAAGGACAUGGAGGAGGUCAUAGCACGAGCCAACGAUACUGAGUACGGGCUGGCGGCGGCUUGCUUUACGAAUGACAUUGACACGGCCUUGACCUUUACCAGCAGGGUCGAGGCGGGAACUGUCUGGGUGAAUGCUUACCACAAGUCUUCGGUAUCGGCUCCAUUUGGUGGCUUUAAAAUGUCCGGAAUCGGAAGAGAAAUGGGUGAAUAUGGCCUGGCACAGUACACAGAAAUCAAAACUGUGAUGAUGAAAACAAGCCAAAAGCUGUAGACCGGUAGAUGGACAGAUUGAAUCCAGAAGGGGGCGGAGAGGCAACAGUGUCUAGGCUAACUACAGAAAAGUGGCAUAAACGAACUAUUAAAACAGUGAAUGAACAAAAAAUGGUGAUUGAACUUGUAUGCAAAAUCAUUUGUUAAGGUCUAAUCUGUGUUAAGGUUAAAUAAACAAAUAAACUUUUCUUCCAUA